GAAUAUUGAAGUCUGUUUCUCUGUAAUUCCAAGACACUUCUUGAGCGUCCAUUGUUUAAACUGGAGGCAUGGCCAUUUCCUUGAUAAAGUCAAUAUUUACUAAUUUAACAAGGAUGGCUGCUUUAAACAUGGACAAAAUUCCUGGCUCUGUUGGAUACCAAAUACUUAAUGAAGAAGGUGCGAUUCUGAGUUCGUUUGGUGAACUAGAAUAUGAUGAAGUCACCGCUAACCGAAUAUACAGAUUCCUGCACAUAGCAUGUAAAAUGCCACUUGCUGAAAGGAAAGAUUACUGGAAAAGAAUUAUGGUGCUCUGGGAGGAUUUCAUGUAUGUCAUCACUGUAUCGAAUCGCAAAAUCUAUGUAUGCAAACGGAUUUAUCAACCAGAGGCUGUGAAUGUUUGAAGAAGUGGUACCUGUGUAUAAACUACAGAUUGUAUAAAUAAAAUGUUAUGUGGUAACUCGUUGUACAAAGCCAACGGACUUAAAGACAGAAAAACAGCAACACAGACCCUCCUUUCUUUUUUCCUGUCUGGUCUUAAAAAUCUUUUCCAAACUGACUGAUUCCAUGAUUGAUACAUUUGAACAUACCUAUUAAGUUCACUUAAGAUCACUGUUCCAAUCAAAUCCUUUCCCUCUAACUUAAAUGAACAGGACAAGACGAAAAAUAUAUUGCUCUCUCUACAUCUGACUCUUCUUUCCGAGGCUGUUUUAGCCUUACUUUCUCUUUUAGACUGGAUUUCUCUCUUACACACACUCACAUCACUAUUGAAUAUGAGUAAGUACGUGUAUGUAGAAAAACAGGAAAAAAAAAAAAAAAGGAUAGUAAAGCAGGAGCUUUAUUUCCAGUUUAUCUAUGCAUACACCUUACAUAUUUGUAUUUAAUAGGCACAAAUAUAUUCUUUGAACUAUCCUAAAUUCUAUUUGCUUUCAUGUGCAGACUUUUAUGAAGAGAUAUAAUGAAUACUGUUUCUCUGACGGUAACUGGAACUGAAAUUACUGUUAAAACUGUUUGAAAUAUAUAUAUAUAUAUAUAUACACACACACACACAUAUACAUAAAUAAAAAUGUGUGUGUGUGCAAAAUAUUAGUUAUUAAUUUCUUUUUUUUAAUUAUGGAAAUCUUCUUUAGGAGGUGGCCGCCAAGGAAGUACAGUCCAAGAUUUGGUGCUUCACUAGGUGCAACUUGGUGUUACUUCAAUUGACAACUCAGUUGGUGUUAAGCCUGGUUAAGAGAAAUCAGUUUCAAAAUUUCCUUUUAUAUUUGAGAUUUUAAUAGCUUUGAAAUCAUUUACUUUCUUUUGCAACAGUUUUCUAAGAAUUAAAGACUUUUUGGUUUACACCUGACACGUAUCUUUUUAUCAUGAACGAAAUAUACCUGCACCAUGUAACUAAGAUAUGAUAGAUAAACUCGGUGUAUGCAAUUAAAACAUCAUUAAAUCAAAAUAGCCAUCUGUGUACCAUACCUAAUAUAUAUACACUAGUAAAAGGCAUAAUGCUGUGAUUUUCAUUCAACAAAAAAUUUUUUCAUAGAUAUGUAUUAAAUAUACAUCAGAGCAAGACAAACUUUCUUGUAGUUGUGUCUCACGAGAGUUCUCAUGAGUUGCUGCUGUGAUGUUUGCUUUACUCCAAUAUAUGUUGUCUGCAAAGAGAUUUCCUCACAGACGAAAACCACAGCAUCAUACCUUUCACUGAUGUAUAUAUGUUACGUAUCACAGUUGGUUAUUUUAUAUAAUUUUAAAGUUGGUUUUCAGUCAGACAAAAAUUUUUAAUGAUAUAAAACGACAUGAAGUUGGAAUUAUUUUCUUUAAUUAGUAAUAAUAAUAUUUUUAUAUGGUUUAUUUUCCUUAAGUAAUUGACUUCUACUAUUUAACUAAGUAACUUUAUUAAAAUAUUUUCAUCUAAGUAAAUCUAGGGUAUGAUUAGAAAUUAACUCACCUUGAUUACAAUAUUUCUUUUUACUUACAUCAUGUUAUCUAUUAUUUUAUUUUAUACUUUGUUUUCUUCUUUGUCUUUUCCAGAUUUUUUAAUUUUUCUUUUUUGUUAUAUUGACUUUUCAUAAGCUCAAAAGUAACUAUGAUGUGUUCAAAGAGACACAAAGAAGAAAAAUAUAUAAAGAAAUUCACCCAAAUGUGUAUGCUUCCUUCCUGAAUAAGAUUCUGAAUAAGAUCCCCUUGUCCUUCCUUACAAAUCCAGCAAAAUUAUCAUGGCUGAUUAUUUAAUAAAGUAUUUAUAAAAUG